AUAAAGGACGCCUCAAGUUCCAUUUUGUCUUCGGAGAACCUGUGCUUCAAAUCUCUCUAUACCUGCAAAUGACGCCUCUACCCUCCACUACGGAAACAAAUGGUGUGAGUGAUGAGAACUGCGAGAGCAGGCUAUACAUUGGUAACCUCGACCAAAGAGUAACAGAGUGUCAGUUGAUAAAGAUGUUCUCUCCUUUUGGAAACAUUGUCUCGGAAGACUUCUUGUGGCACACUCGUGGCCCCCGGCGUGGAGAGCCACGUGGCUAUGCCUUCAUCCAGUACAGUUGUAAAGAGGAUGCUGUGAAGGCCAAGGAGACUAUGAACGGGAGACCUGCUUUUGGGCGCCCAUUGGUGGUUCGGUUGGCCAGUGAAAAGCUUGUACUGUUUGAUUCCACAAAGGCUGUGUCGGGGGUACCCGGAGACUCGAAGCACCCAACUUCCAGUAGCUCUUCUGGCAAAGAGGUUAGCCGGAGCUCUGUAAUUAUGGCAAUAAAGAACAAGCUUCGGUCUUUAGAGGAUGAGAAGAAAAAUAAAAAGCCGAGACAGACUUUAUGACACAAUCCCUGGGAAAAGGUGACCAAAAUGAAGCCAAGGGAUUAUGUUGAAUGUAUGAUAUGUAGCCAUUGUGCAAACACACACACACACUCUCUCUCUCAUGAUUUUUAGAAAGUUCCAGAAAAUUUUAGUUUCUUUUUAGCUCAAAGAACACUGAUUAUCUCUUGCUGAACUGCAAAAUCCUCUCUAAUUUGGUAGAGUAAUUCAAUUACAGAAUUUCCCUAUCUAGUUGGAACUCAGAGUAUUGCUAAUUUUUUGUUCCAUUUUUUUUAGUUAUAUUUAUUGAAAAGAAACAAUAGAGGCAGUAAUGGAAGGGUAAUUAGACAAUUGUUUUUUAA